AUGAGUAAUACCGAACUGCACUUCAAGCCGAUCACGGAGCAGGCGGCGAUGCUGCGCGGCGGCGAGUUGUCGCCCGUGGAGCUGACGGCUGCGUAUCUCGAUCGGAUUGCUGACCUUAACGGCGAGCUUGGCGCGUAUAUCACGGUGAUGGGCGAGCAGGCGAUGUCACAGGCGCAACAAGCGGAAUCGGAGAUGCAGGCGGGCGAGGACAAGGGCGCGCUGCACGGCAUUCCGGUCGCCAUCAAGGACAUCAUCUACACCGAAGGAACGCUAACGUCGGGCGGCUCGAAGGUGCUGGCAGACUUCAUCCCUGACGAGGAUUCGACGAUUGUGCGCAGGCUGGAUGCUGCGGGCGCAGUGCUGCUCGGCAAGCUAAACCUCAGCGAGUUCGCCAUCGGCGGGACGAUCGAUCAUCCUUUCGGAACUCCGCGCAAUCCGUGGAAUACGGCCACACUGCGGGCGGGUCUAGCAGUGGCUCGGGAUAGCAACGGCUGGAGGGUUACGCGGCAAGGCGUGCUGCCGAUGUGCUGGUCUAUGGACACGGUUGGACCGAUGACUCGCACGGUCGCGGACUGCGCCCUGAUGCUGAAUGCCAUCGCGGGCAGGGAUGCGCUUGACUCGACUUCAAGCGAUGCGCCUGUGCCGGACUAUUCCGCGACGCUCGAUGGCGGCGUGAGCGGGCUGCGGAUAGGUCUGCCGACUGAGAUGUUCGAAUACGAGGGCUCGCUGCGGAUGUGCGCGAUUCGGUGA